UUAUUUUACGCACACGCAGACUUCAGACUCACUUGUGACAGACACACAGCAGAAUCCGGUCUGAAAGCUGGAGCAGAAGCUCUGCGUUGACAUGCUGAAGGUGAAGCAGCAGGGAUGUCAUCCAGGCGUGGCUCGGGGAGGAUAUGGAUGUCUAUAUAAAUGACUCGUUCAGUCUGAUCACGGAUGAAACGAGCGUCUCUCUCCUCUCCGCUCUCUGAACACGCAAAGUUUGCUCGCCAUGGCAGAGGUGGCUGGAUUCCUCGGGAGCAUCGAUCUGGAUUUGCAGGCGUUUCCAGCAUUAGGGAAUGUGCCUCUGACGGAUGGUUUGAAUGAGAGACUGGGUCUGAUUGAGGGCAGACUGCAGCGCGGGUCGCUCACGGAUUUUGGCCACCUGAAGGGCAUCCUGCGCAGGAGACAGCUCUACUGCCGCACCGGCUUCCAGCUGGAGAUAUUUCCCAACGGGACGGUGCACGGAACCAGACAGGACCACAGCAGAUUCGGUAUUCUGGAGUUUAUCAGUCUGGCCGUCGGGUUGGUGAGCAUACGAGGCGUGGACGCUGGUCUUUAUCUGGGGAUGAAUGAGAAAGGUGAACUCUAUGGGUCGAAGAAGCUGACAGCAGAGUGUGUUUUCCGUGAGCAAUUCGAGGAGAACUGGUACAACACAUAUGCAUCCACACUCUACAAGCAUGCGGACACUGGAAGAUACUAUUACGUGGCUCUGAACAAGGACGGCUCGCCUCGAGAAGGCGGCAGGACUAAAAAGCAUCAGAAGUUGACUCACUUCCUGCCCAGACCUGUAGAGAUCGAGAAGAUACCCGAAGCCUACAGAGACCUGUUUCAGCAUAGGUGACCAGAGCAUCCGUCAGAGACGCAGUGGAGGAGCUGGAUGGGGAAGACGGACACUAAAGAACAUUAAGAAAUACAAGACCCUACUUCUCUCGCCUCACAGCUGUUUAUAUUUGGGUUCUGGUCCAAAAUGAGGAGGCCCUCUCCAAUGGUGAUUGAGAUAAACAGUACGUGUGUGUCCUGGAUGGCUCCGUUUCCUCUCCUUAAUGGGUUUUAAACCACAGAGAAGAGGGAACAUUCCUGCAUCCAAAGCUGGUGCCAAAAGAUGUCUUGAGGAAGAGGUGUUGACCUCAGGGCCUCAUGACGUGUGUCAUGCAAUCACCCUUUCUUCAGAAACUUUUUGUAAAGUGGAGCACAUUUUGGCUUUGUUCUCACUGGAAAAAAAAUAGGGUCUAAAACCUAAAUGUAUUGAGUAACUUGUCACGAGAGCAUAGGUGGUAGUAAAACUGCCUUUGACCAUUGAGAUAAAACUCAACAUGCCCAGUCUGGUGACCCCGGGGGCAAACUUUCGUUGAAAGGUAAUGAUGCAGGACUUACCAAGAAGAUGGACACGGGGAGUAUUCCCCGAUUCUCCUGUAGGACAAAUUCAAGUGAAAUAUACCUGUAAGGGCACUUAAAAGGAGAAAGAAGAACAAUGACCAGCUUCUACCUAAUCAAUACCAAUUUUGAAUAGAAAAAGUACCAAUUGUGAGGUGGUGAGAAAAUAAUAAGGCUUUAGAAUUAUCAAUUCUGUGUAAGGGCUUACACCGUUGAUCUUCUGUAUGAUUUCGGUCUACUACCUUUGAAGGUUCAGGAGAGUUAAAACCUUACAAAUUUGGUAGAGCAAAUCAGCAGUAGCAAAAUGAUCAGUAGAAAUGAAUCACUUUCAAGCAGGGGAAAUGAAUGAUGCUUGUUGAAGGGUUCGGUAAAGGCUUUGGUCAUUUGACUAGGAGUGACAUUUAAUGUUCAGGUUGUCAGGAACAUUAUUAAAAUGCAAGUGAAAGACAUGUAAAUAUGGGCAGACCUAUUUAUAAGAUGUACUAUAUAUUUAUUUUCUACAUAUAAAGAAUGAUUACAAAUCUCUAUAUAAAUAUAUUUAUUUAUUUCAAAGGCUCUAUUUUGUAAUGAACUUGAAGUUAUUGGAAUUGUAGAUUCUACUGAGAUUAUCCAGAAGGGCUAAACCAUUGGACCCGAGUGACUGACAAUAAAAUUGUCUUGCUAUUGUUUAUUGUUGGUGACCAUAUUUGCAAGAAUUCUCUGUACCGAUUAAAAUCUGAGAAACACUGA